AUGGCGUCUGCAGGCGGCGAGCGGUUGUCGAGCAGCGACUUCAAGAAGAAGCGCGAGAUCGAGGAGGCGCGUAAGAACGGCACGUUGCCGCCGGAACAAGAUGCGGACGGGAAUCUCAUCAAUCCACACAACCCCGAGUACAUUAGCAAGCGGCCGUGGUACUUGGGAGACUCGGGGCCGUCGCUCAAGCAUCAGACGCUGCAGCAACAGGCGCAUCUCCUGUCGAUUCACGAGGCCGACGAGCUGUAUCGCAAGGACAGGAAGCAGUCGACAACAGUCUCAGGUAGACAGCGCAAGUGGCGCAAAGGCGCGUGCACCAACUGCGGCGCGGGGAGUCACAAGACGAACGAGUGCGUCGAGCGACCGCGGAAAGUGGGGGCGUGGAAGACCCAUAAGAACGUCAUGACGGACGACUUGAGAGUGGACGUGCGGUCGGAAAAGUUUGGGAAACUCGCGUUUGAUGCGAAGCGCGACCAGUGGCUCGGGUAUGACCCGAAGGAACACGCCAAGACGAUCGAGCGAUACGAGAAAGUGGACGCGGCUCGCAAACAGUUGCGCACGGAAGAGAUUAACAAGAAGCUGCAAGAUUCAGUGGAUAGUAAGGUGAAGAGGAAGAAGAAGAAGGAGAUGGACGAGCAGCUGAAGAAAGGAUCGGGGCAAGGGAAGGAGGACAUGGCGUGUCAGUCGGGUUCGGACUCGGACUCGGACUCUGACUAUGACUCGGACGUGCAGUCGGAGGAAGAAGCAUUUCGUGAUUACGAUGAAGGGCCCAUGUUCACAGAGCGCGUAGCACGUCAGGGAGGCGUGGGUGGUGCGCAGAUGAAAACGACGGUACGGAAUCUGCGUAUCCGGGAAGACACGGCCAAGUACCUUCGCAAUUUGAACCCGAACUCGGCCUAUUACGACCCAAAGACGCGAUCCAUGCGUGAUAAUCCGAAUCCAGAGCUGAAUCCAGAAGAUACGACGUUUGUUGGCGAUAACAUGGCUCGUUUUACGGGUGACGCGCAGAAGUUGGCGUCGGCGCAGCUUUUCGCGUGGGAGGCAUAUGCCAAAGGCACGGACAUCCAUUCGCUUGCGAACCCUUCGCAGGCUGAGUUUUUGAAAAAGCAGUACGAAGAGAGAAAAGCGGCACUGGAAAAGGAGAAGAGCCGCAAAAUUCUGGACAAAUACGGUGGCCAGGAACACCUGGAAGCACCACCGAAAGAGCUUUUGUUGGCACAGAGCGAGCACUAUGUGGAAUACUCGCGCGACGGCCGUAUCGUCAAGGGCCGCGAACGCGCGCCCGCACGUUCCAAGUAUAUCGAAGAUGCGCUGGAGAACAAUCACACGAGUAUUUGGGGCUCGUGGUUCGAUCGCAGUGAAAUGGCAUGGGGAUAUGCUUGCUGUCACUUAAGGGUCCGGAAGUCGUACUGCACGGGCGAUGAUGGAAAGAAAGCUUCUGCUGAAGCAAAGUUGGUGAAUGUAGAGCGGCCGAUGCUCAAGGUGCCUGAGAAACUCAAGUCUGGAUUGACCGACGAGACUGUAUCCGCUGAUGCAGGUGGUGUAAUCAGCAAGCGCAGCGAGCUGUACGGCGAGAAUGUUGCUCCGAAACUUGAUGAGAAGAAGCUGAAGAAAGCCAUCGAGAAGGCAGCUCAAGAGAAGAAAAGGCAAACGGAGAAGGACGACAAGAAACGCAAGUACAAUUCUGUGAGUAAUAGCGAGGUGAACGCCGAGGAGAUGGAAGCAUACAAAUUACUCAAGUCGCGUGGUGAUGACCCCAUGGCGAAAGUCCUCGGCACAGGUGUGCUGCUUGACGAAGAUGUAGGCAACGGAAGACGGUCAGUGCGCUAA